AUGAACAGCGCGGUUGUCGGCGAGAUCAGCGGUGGUGCGAGACAUCGUCCUUCUUCUUCUUUCAAUUCUUCUUCUUCUCAUCCAUUGGCGCCCGUGUGCGUCUUUUCCACGUGUUCCUUGUGCGCGUUUCUUGGGUUGGUGGUUUUGGAUUUGGUGAAAAGUUCAACGACUUUUCACGUUUUCGUCGCGUGCGUGUGUUUAUCAACCUGUGCAAUGACGACUGUGAUUGAUCCUGGUAUCGUGUUGCCGAAGAGGAAUACUUCCGCGCGAGCGAGUGGAAUAGAAGAAGGAAAAGGAGAAGUUGAUGCAGAGAAAGAAGAAGACGAAGACGAAGGAGAAGGAGACGCAAGAGAAGAACGCAGUAGCAGGAAUACGAGAUAUUGCGAAACGUGCAAGAUAUUCAAACCGAAGAGAAGUUCGCACUGUCGACAGUGUAACGUUUGCGUUCGCGGAUUUGACCACCACUGCGGCGCUCUAAACAAUUGCAUCGGCGAGAAAAACGUGUUGUUUUUCGUCGUAUUCAUAGUAACGGAGGCGUAUUUAGCCGUGACGUUCUUUUGGAAGGCGUACGAACGCUUACAUCUUCUCGGAUUCCCGUUUGAUUAUCAUCCUUCCCUGAAUAGUAAUACUGGGGUCCUCGCGACGCUUUUCAUGAUGUUUAUAUGCGUUCAUGGCUCGUGCAUGUCCUUGUUUUCGUGCUUCCACGUCGUUUUGUACGUGCAGGAUCUCACGACGAAAGAGUUGAGCGAUUACGUCAAAUCGAGAGGAGGGUAUCGAGAGAUCGUCGCUUCAUCGUCCACAUCUUCUUCUUCCGAUUCUUCCGACAAAACUAUGUGGAGACUAGAUUCUUCAGGCGUUCUCAAAAGAAUACGGAAAGCGGUUUUAAACGUGUCGGACCUCCGUUCAAAGUCGCAUACUAUGAUGGAAGUAAAUAGAAUUCGCGCGUUCAAUACUUUAGCCGCGCUCGAAGGUACUUUGUAA